AUGGCGAAAAAGAAACUAAUGCCCAAUCUCUCUAAAGAAGAGAAGAUGGUGAUGGUGAUAUCUGAGAUAAUACAAGAGUUGUUAGUGGCACAUCGGCAGGGCAAAGAUGUUAACCUCAACAAGAUGAAAACGAGGAUUUCGUCGAAGUACGGACUGGGAACGUCACCAAGGCUGGUGGAUAUAAUCGCCGCAGUGCCGGCUGAUGCUAAGAAGAUCCUAUUGCCGAAGUUGAAGGCGAAACCAAUUCGUACUGCAUCGGGUAUUGCCGUGGUCGCAGUGAUGUGUAAACCACAUAGAUGUCCACACAUAAACUUCACCGGUAACAUUUGUGUAUACUGUCCUGGAGGUCCGGACUCGGACUUUGAGUACUCUACACAAAGUUACACAGGAUAUGAGCCUACAUCUAUGAGGGCAAUCAGAGCCAGGUACAAUCCGUAUUUGCAGACGCGCCACAGAGUAGAACAGUUGAAGCAACUCGGUCACAGUGUAGAUAAAGUUGAGUUUAUUGUGAUGGGAGGUACUUUUAUGAGUCUCCCUGAAGAUUACAGAGACUAUUUUAUCAGGAAUCUCCAUGAUGCCCUUUCAGGACACACAUCAACUUGUGUAGCAGAAGCUGUGAAGUACUCAGAGAAAGCGAAGACCAAGUGCAUUGGUAUCACUAUUGAGACCAGGCCUGAUUACUGUCUGCAGAGACACAUGAGUGAUAUGCUCAAUUAUGGCUGCACCAGAUUGGAAAUUGGUGUUCAAUCAGUGUAUGAAGACAUUGCUAGAGACACAAACAGAGGACAUACAGUUAAAGCCGUUUGUGAGAAUUUCAACCUUGCUAAAGAUGCUGGAUACAAGAUUGUAGCACAUAUGAUGCCAGAUUUACCAAAUGUGGACUUUGAGAGGGAUGUGGAACAGUUUAUUGAGUUCUUUGAGAACCCAGCAUUCAGAGCUGAUGGUCUCAAGAUAUACCCCACUCUAGUGAUCCGAGGAACUGGUCUGUAUGAGUUGUGGAAGACUGGACGGUACAGGAGCUACCCUCCUUCCACCUUGGUAGAUCUGAUCGCUAAGAUAUUGGCUUUGAUACCACCUUGGACUAGGGUUUACAGAGUACAAAGAGACAUUCCCAUGCCUCUGGUCUCGUCUGGUGUAGAACAUGGUAACUUGAGGGAGCUGGCUCUGGCUCGCAUGGCUGAUUUGGGCACAGACUGUAGGGAUGUCAGGACUAGGGAGGUCGGCAUCCAAGAGAUACACAACAGAGUCAGACCUUAUGAGGUAGAACUAAUAAGACGUGACUACACAGCGAACGGAGGCUGGGAGACAUUCCUAGCAUAUGAAGACCCAGACCAAGAUAUUUUAGUUGGUCUGCUGAGGCUCAGGAAGUGUGCCUCAGACACAUACAGGCCAGAGCUGAAGCCUGGACCUAAUGCUAACUUCAAACAGUGCAGUAUUGUUAGAGAGCUUCAUGUUUAUGGAUCUGUUGUGCCUGUGAAUGCAAGAGAUCCAACCAAGUUUCAGCAUCAAGGUUUUGGUAUGUUGCUCAUGGAGGAAGCAGAAAGAAUAGCCAAAGAAGAACAUGGCUCUGACAAGAUAGCCGUGAUCUCAGGAGUCGGCACCAGGAACUAUUAUGCAAAGAUUGGAUAUCAUCUCGAAGGACCAUAUAUGGUCAAAAUGCUUAUGUGA